ACAGAGGGAUGUCUCACUCUGAUGAGUCUCGCCUGUCCAACCUCCUGCGCCGUGUGUCCCGUGAGGAGGACAGGGACCGCCGGCUGACCUCCGUCAGACAGCUCCGGGAGUUCAUCACUCACUCUGACAACAAAGUGGUGAGGUCAUCAAUCAUCUCAAUCUGGGUAGUUCAUCACUCACUCUGACAACAACAGUGGUGAGGUGAUCAGUCAGUCAAUCGAUCCCAGCAACCCAGGGAGGUCUUAACUCCCUAGCUUAGAGAUUCUCCCUAGGAUAGGAUAGCUGUGGUCAGUGGUCAGGGCCUCUGGUCUAGAGGGAUAUUAGUGGCUGCAUCCCAAAUGGUACCCUGUUCCCUACAUAGUGCACUACUAUAGGCCCUGGUCAACAGUAGUGCACUAUAAAGGGAAUAGGGUACCAUUUGGGAUGCACAACUGUGUCGCUCUCUCUGGCUGAGCUCUGCAUUGUUGUCUCUUAUGACAGGCCUUAGAUAACCAGGGCUGUUUUUAGACUGAGGGUUAUAUUUACCAGGGCUGUUUUUAGACUGGAGGGGUUAUAUUUACCAGGGCUGUUUUUAGACUGGAGGGGUUAUAUUUACCAGGGAUAUUUUUAGACUGGAGGGGUUAUAUUAACCAGGGCUGUUUUUAGACUGGAGGGGUUAUAUUAACCAGGGCUGUUUUUAGACUGGAGGGGUUAUAUUUACCAGGGCUGUUUUUAGACUGGAGGGGUUAUAUUUACCAGGGCUGUUUUUAGACUGGAGGGGUUAUAUUUACCAGGGAUGUUUUUAGACUGAGGGUUAUAUUUACCAGGGCUGUUUUUAGACUGGAGGGGUUAUAUUUACCAGGGAUGUUUUUAGACUGGAGGGGUUAUAUUUACCAGGGCUGUUUUUAGACUGGAGGGGUUUAUUUACCAGGGAUGUUUUUUAGACUGGAGGGGUUAUAUUUACCAGGGUGUUUUUAGACUGGAGGGGUUAUAUUUACCAGGGGCUGUUUUAGACUGGAGGGGUUAUAUUUACCAGGGCUGUUUUAGGACUGGAGGGGUUAUAUUACCAGGGAUGUUUUUAGACUGAGGGUUAUAUUUACCAGGGAUGUUUUUAGACUGGAGGGGUUAUAUUAACCAGGCUGUUUUUAGACUGGAGGGGUUAUAUUAACCAGGGCUGUUUUUAGACUGGAGGGGGUUAUAUUUAACCAGGGCUGUUUUUAGACUGGAGGGGUUGUUUUUAUUUACCAGGGUGUUUUUAGACUGGAGGGGUUAUAUUUACCAGGGCUGUUUUUUAGACUGGAGGGGUUUUAUAUUAACCAGGGAUUGUUUUUAGACUGGAGGGGUUAUAUUUAACCAGGGCUGUUUUUAGACUGGAGGGGGUUAAUUUACCCAGGGCUGUUUUUAGACUGGAGGGGUUAUAUUUACCAGGGAUUUUUUAGAACUGGAGGGGUUAUAUUAACCAGGGAUGUUUUAGACUGGAGGGGUUAUAUUUACCAGGGGCUGUUUUUAGACUGGAGGGGUUAAUAUUUACCAGGGCUGUUUUUAGACUGGAGGGGUUAUAUUUACCAGGGCUGUUUUUAGACUGGAGGGGUAUAUUUACAGGAUGUUUUUAGACUGGAGGGGUUAUAUUUACCAGGGCUGUUUUUAGACUGGAGGGGUUAUAUUUACCAGGGCUGUUUUUUAGACUGGAAGGGGUUAUAUUUACCAGGGAUGUUUUUAGACCUGGAGGGGUUAUAUUUACCAGGGCUGUUUUUUAGACUGGAGGGGUUUUAUAUUUACCAGGGCUGUUUUUAGACUGGAGGGGUUAUAUUUACCCAGGGCUGUUUUUAGACUGGAGGGUUAUAUUUACCAGGGCUGUUUUUAGACUGGAGGGGUUAUAUUUAACCAGGGCUGUUUUUAGACUGGAGGGUUAUAUUUACCAGGGCUGUUUUUUAGACUGGAGGGGUUAUAUUUACCAGGGCUGUUUUUAGACUGGAGGGGUUAUAUUUACCAGGGAUGUUUUUAGACUGGAGGGUUAUAUUUACCAGGGCUGUUUUUAGACUGGAGGGUUAUAUUACCAGGGCUGUUUUUAGACUGGAGGGUUAUAUUUACCAGGGCUGUUUUUAGACUGGAGGGGUUAUAUUUACCAGGGCUGUUUUUAGACUGGAGGGGUUAUAUUACCAGGGCUGUUUUUAGACUGGAGGGGUUAUAUUUACCAGGGCGUUAAUUGUUUUUAGACGGGAGGGUUAUAUUUACCAGGGAUGUUUUUAGACUGGAGGGGUUAUAUUACCAGGGCUGUUUUUAGACUGGAGGGGUUAUAUUAACCAGGGAUGUUUUUAGACUGGAGGGGUUAUAUUACCAGGGCUGUUUUUAGACUGGAGGUUUAUUACAGGGAUUUUUAGACUGGAGGGGUUAUAUUAACCAGGGCUGUUUUUAGACUGGAGGGGUUAUAUUUACCAGGGCUGUUUUUAGACUGGAGGGGUUAUAUUACCAGGGUGUUUUUAGACUGGAGGGGUUAUAUUUACCAGGGUGUUUUUUAGACUGGAGGGGUUAUAUUUACCAGGGCUGUUUUUAGACUGGAGGGGUUAUAUUACCAGGGCUGUUUUUAGACUGGAGGGGUUAUAUUUACCAGGGCUGUUUUUAGACUGGAGGGGUUAUAUUUACCAGGGCUGUUUUUAGACUGGAGGGGUUAUAUUUACCAGGGAUGUUUUUAGACUGGAGGGGUUAUAUUUACCAGGGAUGUUUUUAGAUGGAGGGUUAUAUUAACCAGGCUGUUUUAGACUGAGGGGUUAUAUUAACCAGGGCUGUUUUUAGACUGGAGGGGUUAUAUUUACCAGGGCUGUUUUUAGACUGGAGGGGUUAUAUUUACCAGGGAUGUUUUUAGACUGAGGGUUAUAUUUACCAGGGAUGUUUUUAGACUGGAGGGGUUAUAUUUACCAGGGCUGUUUUUAGACUGGAGGGGUUAUACAUUUACAUUUACAUUUUAGUCAUUUAGCAGACGCUCUUAUCCAGAGCGACUUACAGGAGCAAUUAGGGUUAAGUGCCUUGCUUAAGGGCACAUCGACAGAUUUUUCACAUAGUCGGCUCGGGGAUUAGAACCAGCGACCUUUCGGUUACUGGCACAACGCUCUUACCCACUAAGCUACCUGCCGCCCAUAUAUUAUAUUAACCAGGGCUGUUUUUAGACUGGAAGGGUUAUAUUUACCAGGGCUGUUUUUAGACUGGAGGGGUUAUAUUUACCAGGGAUGUUUUUAGACUGGAGGGGUUAUAUUUACCAGGGCUGUUUUUAGACUGGAGGGGUUAUAUUUACCAGGGAUGUUUUUAGACUGGAGGGGUUAUAUUUACCAGGGCUGUUUUUAGACUGGAGGGGUUAUAUUAACCAGGGCUGUUUUUAGACUGGAGGGGUUAUAUUUACCAGGGAUGUUUUUAGACUGGAGGGGUUAUAUUUACCAGGGAUAUUUUUAGACUGGAGGGGUUAUAUUUACCAGGGAUGUUUUUAGACUGGAGGGGUUAUAUUUACCAGGGCUGUUUUUAGACUGAGGGUUAUAUUUACCAGGGCUGUUUUUAGACUGAGGGUUAUAUUUACCAGGGCUGUUUUUAGACUGGAGGGGUUAUAUUUACCAGGGAUGUUUUUAGACUGGAGGGGUUAUAUUUACCAGGGAUGUUUUUAGACUGGAGGGGUUAUAUUUACCAGGGCUGUUUUUAGACUGGAGGGGUUAUAUUUACCAGGGCUGUUUUUAGACUGGAGGGGUUACUGUGAGGGAAAAAAGUAUUUGAUCCCCUGCUGAUUUUGUACGUUUGCCCACUGACAAAGACAUGAUCACUCUAUAAUUUUAAUGGUAGGUUUAUUUGAACAGUGAGAGACAGAAUAACAACAAAAAAAUCCAGAAAAACGCAUGUAAAAAAUGUUAUAAAUUGAUUUGCAUUUUAAUGAGGGAAAUAAGUAUUUGACCCCUCUGCAAAACAUGACUUAGUACUUUGUGGCAAAAUCCUUGUUGGCAAUCACAGAGGUCAGACGUUUCUUGUAGUUGGCCACCAGGUUUGCACACAUCUCAGGAGGGAUUUUGUCCCACUCCUCUUUGCAGAUCUUCUCCAAGCCAUUAAGGUUUUGAGCCUGACGUUUGGCAACUCGAACCUUCAGCUCCCUCCACAGAUUUUCUAUGGGAUUAAGGUCUGGAGACUGGCUAGGCCACUCCAGGACCUUAAUGUGCCUCUUCUUGAGCCACUCCUUUGUUGCCUUGGCCAUGUGUUUUGGGUCAUUGUCAUGCUGGAAUACCCAUCCACGACCCAUUUUCAAUGCCCUGGCUGAGGGAAGGAGGUUCUCACCCAAGAUUUGACGGUACAUGGCCCCGUCCAUCGUCCCUUUGAUGCGGUGAAGUUUUCCUGUCCACUUAGCAGAAAAACACCCCCAAAGCAUAAUGUUUCCACCUCCAUGUUUGACGGUGGGGAUGGUGUUCUUGGGGUCAUAGGCAGCAUUCCUCCUCCUCCAAACACGGCGAGUUGAGUUGAUGCCAAAGAGCUCGAUUUUGGUCUCAUCUGACCACAACACUUUCACCCAGUUCUCCUCUGAAUCAUUCAGAUGUUCAUUUGUAAACUUCAGACGGCCCUGUAUAUGUGCUUUCUUGAGCAGGGGGACCUUGCGGGCGCUGCAGGAUUUCAUUCCUUCACGGUGUGUUACCAAUUGUUUUCUUGGUGACUAUGGUCCCAGCUGCCUUGAGAUCAUUGACAAGAUCCUCCCGUGUAGUUCCAGGCUGAUUCCUCACCGUUCUCAUGAUCAUUGCAACUCAACGAGGUGAGAUCUUGCAUGGAGCCCCAGGCUGAGGGAGAUUUACAUUAUUUUGUGUUUCUUCCAUUUGAGAAUAAUCGCACCAACUGUUGUCACCUUCUCACCAAGCUGCUUGGCGAUGGUCUUGUAGCCCAUUCCAGCCUUGUGUAGGUCUACAAUCUUGUCCCUGACAUCCUUGGAGAGCUCUUUGGUCUUGGCCAUGGUGGAGAGUUUGGAAUCUGAUUGAUUGCUUCUGUGGACAGGUGUCUUUUAUACAGGUAACAAGCUGAGAGUGUGCUCCUAAUCUCAGCUCGUUACCUGUAUAAAAUACACUUGGGAGUCAGAAAUCUUUCUGACUGAGAGGGGGUCAAAUACUUAUUUCCCUCAUUAAAAUGCAAAUCAAUUUAUAACAUUUUGGACAUGUGUUUUUCAGGAUUUUGUUGUUGUUAUUCUGUCUCUCACUGUUCAAAUAAACCUACCAUUAAAAUUAUAGACUGAUAAUUUCUUUGUCAGUGGGCAAACGUACAAAAUCAGCAGUGGAUCAAAUACUUUUUUCCCUCACUGUAUAUUUACCAAGGCUGUUUUUAGACUGGAGGGGUUAUAUUUACCAGGUGGUGCAUCUCCACUGUAGAACUGUGUUCUCUCCCUGUUUGACACUGAUUGUGUUCCUCUCACUCUCCCUCCCCCUCUCUCUCCUUACCUCUCGGCUCUCUCUCUCUCCUUCCCCCUCUACUCGCCCUCUCGCUUCCUUACUACCCUCUCUCGCUCUCUUCUCCUUACCCCUCCCCCCCUCAGCCUCUUCGUCUCUCUCCUUACCCCUCGCUUUUUCCCCCUCCCUUUUGUCCCCCCCCUUCCCUUUUUUCCCCUUCCCCUUGUUUUUCCCCCGAAAAAAGGGGGGGGGGGGGGGUUUUAAAAGGGUUGGGGCCCCCCAAACCCCCCCCUUUUCCCCCUUAAAACCCCCCUUUUCCUUUACCCUUGGGGUCUUUUUUUUCCGUUCUUUUUCCCAAAACCCCCCGCCCCCCCUUUUCCCUUGCUUUUCCCCCUUAUUUCGCGCCCCCCCUACCUUCCCCCUCCUUCCUUUUCCCCCCCCUUUUCUUUUCCUUUACCCCCGUUCUUCUUUACCCCUUGUUUCCCUUUCCCUUCCCCCCGGGGGUUUUUUAGCCCCCCAAAAAGGGGCCCCCCCCAAAAAAAACCCCUUUUCCCCCCCCCGGUUUUUUUUAAAAAACCCCGCCCCCCCCCCCCCCUUUCGUUUUCCCCCCCCCCCCUUUUUUUCCCCCGAACCCCCGGGCCCUUUUCCUUAACCCCUCGGUUUCCCCCCCCCUUUCCCCCCAAAAAAUUUUUUUUUAUUCCGUUUUUUUAUUCUCUUUUUUAUUGUUUUCUUUUACCCCUUGGUUUUUCCUUCCCCCUUUUGUUUUCCCCCUUUUACCCCUUGCGUCCCCUUCCUUACCCCCUCUGGGCUCCCCUCUCCUUACCCCUCUCGCCUUCUUUUCCUUACCCUUCCCCCUUUUCCUCCCUCCCCCUUUUUCUCUCUCUUCCUACCCCCCCGCUCUCUUUCCCCACCCCCCCUUUCUUCCUCCCCCUCUCGCUUCUUUCCCCCCCCCCGGCCCCAAAAAAAGGGAAGGGUUUUCCCCUUAACCCUUGGGGUUCCCCCCUUACCCCUCUCGGGUUUUUUCCCCCUCGCGCUCUCUCUCUUUUCCCCCCCUCUCGCUUCUAUUCCCUUUCCCUUCUUUCCCCUUUUCCCCCCCCUUUUACCCCUCCCCCUUUCCUCUUUUACCCCUCUUUCCCUUUCCCCUAACCCCCGGGUUUUUUUUAAAAAAAAGGGGGGAAAAAUUGGGUUUUUUAAAAACCCCUUUUUUUUAUUGUCCUUUUUGGGGUCCUUUCCUUAAAAAUGGCUUUUUUUAUUCGUUUCUUUUACCCCUUUUUUUAAAACCCCCCUGUUUACCCCCUUUUACCCCUUGGUUUUUUUCCCCCUCGGUUUUUUAUCUGGUUUUUUAUUGGGUUUUUAAAAACCCCGUUUUCCCCUGGCCCCCUUAUUCCCCCUCUUUUCCCCUCUUUUUUCUUUUACCCCUCUCGCCUCUCUUCCCCUUACCCCUCUGUUCUUUUUAUUCGUUCUCUCCCCCCUUCCCCCUCUCGCUUCUUCCCCUUACCCUCUCCGCUCUCCUCUCCUUCCCCCUUCGCCUUUUCCUUACCCCUCCCUCUCUCCCUUCCCCCCUCUGUCUUCCUCCCCCCCUUUUUACCCCCCCGCUCUCUCUUUCCCCCUCUCGCUUUUCUUUUCCCCCUACCCCCCCUUUCCCCUCUCUCUCCCCCCUUUCCCCCCUCUGCUCUCUCUUCCCCCCUUCCCCUCUCCUUUUUCCCCUUUACCCCCCCUCCCCCCCCUUUUCUUUUUCCUUUCCCCCCUUCGCGCUCUCCCCCCUUCUCCCCCUUUUCCCCCCCUUUAAUUCCUCUCUUCCCCCCUUACCCCUCGUUCUCCUCCCCUUCCCCCUUCGCCUCCCCCUUUUCCCCCCCCUCUCCCUCUUUUCCCCUUCCCCUCUCGUCCUCUUCCUUCCCCUCUCCCCUCUUUCCCUCCCCCUUCGGCCUCUCCCCUUUACCCCUUCGCGCUCUCUUUUCCCUUACCCCUUCCCUCCUCUCCUUCCCCCUCUGGGCCUUCUCUCCUUACCCCUCGCGCCCCCUUCCCCCUUCCCCCUCUCCCCCCCUUUUUCCCCCCUUUCCCCCUCUCGCCUCUCUCCCCUUUACCCCUUCCGCUCUUUCCCUUACCCCCCCUCGCGCUCUCUCUCCCCCCCCCCCCCUUCCCCCUCCCCUCUUUUCCCCUUUUCCCCCUUUUCGCCUCUCCUUCCCCUUCCUUCCCUCUCCCCCUCUCUCCUUCUCCCCCCCCUUUAAAACUUGGUCCCCCCCCAACCCCUUAAUUUUGAAAAAAAGGGAAAGAAAAUAAUAAGAAAGUCCCAUGGAGCCCCCUUUUCCCUUGAUUUUGUUUAAGUUUUUAUGUUUCAUGAUUUUUGGGUUUUUUAAGCAUGGUUGUGUUUUGGUUGUAUGACUCUCCUUCUCCUCUGUAGCAGUAAGCUGCUGUCGGAGCUUCGUCGGGGGGGGCAGCGGUGGGUCGGGGCCCUGCUGUGCACCGCUCUGAUAAAAGAAAGGCGCAUUUUUCGGGGGAUGUUUGUAAAAGUCAGCUCCGCCCCGGGACGGUAAGCUGCUCUACUGGUGGCGGUCCCGAGCCCUGGGGGCAGUGGAAAGGAAGCCUUUUAAAAUGUCUGCAUAAAAACAGGAGGGGAAACCAGGGCCAAUUCAUAUUGUUCACGGGAGGACUGGACUUGGAUCAUUUGGCCCUUUUUGUCAUAAUGAAUAAAGGGCCCGGGAAGUUGGGAAAGUUAAGUUGGAAAAGGGGGAACUGACUUGUGGUGUCCCCUUUUGUGUCAGCUGGAUGAGUACCUGAGUCCAUUUUUGGGAAAACCGGACACCCCGGGGCUGUGUGUAAGGGGUCCGCCAUCCUGCAGGGGCCCGCGCACCCACCGUCUUUUAGCCCAACUCAGAGUGAGUGGCAAACACACACCCCACACACCACACACUUUCGCCAACUUUAAAUUGAGCGUCUGCUGGUUUUUUUUUUCACUACCUCCAUCUCCCAGCCUGGGGCCCCCUCCCUCUUUUACACCCCAUUCCUAUGCGGGCCCCCUCCCCCCUUUCAACCUCCAUUCCCCACUGCCUGGCCGCUCCCCCUUUACACCUCCAUCUCCAUGCCUGGCCCCCCCCUCUUUUAUCCCCAUUCCUAUGCCCGGCCCGUCCCUCUUUCACUACCUCCAUCCCACGCCUGGCCCCCUCCCUCUUUCUACCUCCCUCCUACUGCCUGGCCCGCCCCUUUUCAUACCCCUUCCUACUGCCCGGCCCCCUCCCCCUAUCACUCCUCCAUCUCCUACUGCUGGGCCCUCCCCUUUCACUACCUCCCUCUCCCCACUGCCUGGCCCGCUCCCCCCCUUUUUACUCCCCAUUCCUAUCCUGGGGCCCGCUCCCUCUUUCACUACCUCAUUUCCCACUGGGUGGCCCCUCCCCUUUCCCACCCCCUCUCCUAUGCCGGGGCCCCUCCCCUUUCACUACCUCCAUCCCACUGCCUGGCUGCUCCCUUUCCCACCUCCAUCUCCUAUGCCUGGCCCCCCUCCCCUUUCCUACCCCCACUCCUAUGCCCGGCCGCUCCCUCUUUCACUACCUCCAUCUCCUACUGCCUGGCUCGCUCCCUCUUUCUCUCUCCUACUCUGUCAGUCUCUCUCUCUGUCUCUACUAGCGGGUCUUAUAAAUGUCCCCCAGAGUGUCUACAGUGAAGUAUUUGUGUUGUCUUUUGACCAUGCCUGUUGUGUGUGUGUGACAGGAUACGGUGGAUAUCUUGGUGGGCUGGCACAUCGACCACACACAGAAACAGUCUCUGACUCAACAGGUCUCAGGUGAGUACACACUCAGGUUUAUCCAUCUACCUCUUAAUAUAGAACAUAAUCACAACUUGGUGGGGAUGGAAAGAUUGCUGCAGGUCUGUAGUUGACAGUGUAUGGUUUACGCCAGGGGUGUCAAGGGGUGGUGUGAGUUAAACUCAAUAUACUUUGAAUUGACUAAAACCAAAUGGAAACUGUGUAGAAAUGAUAAUGGACCUAUAUUCAUACAGUUAUUGAUUGUCCAGCUCACUAAAAAUCACUAGACAGUCAAGGAGCAUCAAAUUCCAAAAACAAAUUGACUGCAAGGAAAUAAAAAAUAAUUCAGUGCGGCCCUCCGAACCUCUUUGAAGACCGAAUGCGGCCCCCGGGGCAAAAUGAGUUUGACACCCCUGGUUUACACAAGUAAAAUGUAUGCGUGUGAACUCUCUGUGUGUGCAGGCUGGCUGCAGAGCCUGGAGCAGUUCUGGGUAGCAGACCUGACCUUCUCCACCACGCUGCUGGGGCAGUUUCUAGAGGACAUGGAGGCCUACGCAGAGGUCAGUAACACCACUACAUACACGCUCAGUGGCCAGUUUAUUAGGUACACCCAUCUAGUACCGGUUCCCCCCAGUUUGCCUCCAGAACAACCUGAAUUCUUUGGGGCAUGGGAAACGUUGCUCAGUUGGUAUCAAGGGACCCUAACGUGUGCCGGGAAAAUAUUCCCCUCACCAUUACACCACCGCCACCAGCCUGUACCGUUGACACCAGGUAGGAUGGGUCCAUGUACUCAUUCUGUUUUAAGCCAAAUUCUGACUCUGCCAUCAGCAUGACGCAACAGGAACCGGGAUUUGUCGGACCAGAUGUUUUUCCACUCUUCAAUUGUCCAGUGUUGGUGAUCGCGUGCCCACUGGAGACGCUUCUUCUUGUUUUUAGCUGAUAGGAGUGGAACCCGGUGUGGUCAUCUGCUGCAUUAGCACAUCCGUGACAAUGACUGACAAGUUUUGAGUUCUGAGAUGCCGUUCUGCACACCACUGUUCUACUGCGCCAUUAUUUGCCUGUCUGUGGGCCGCCUGUCAGCUUGCACGAUUCUUGCCAUUCUUCUUUAACCUCUCUCAUCAACAAGCUUUUUUCGCACCAUUGUCGGUAAACCCUAGACACUGUUGUGCGUGAAAGCCCAGGAGGUCGGAUGUUUCUGAGAUACUGGAACCAGUCCGCCUGGCACCGGCAAUCAUACCACGCUUAAAGUUGCUUAGGUCACUCGUUUUGCCCAUUUUAUAACGUUCAAUAGAACAAUAACUGAAUGUCUUGAUGCCUGUUUAUAUAGCAAGCCACGGCCAUGCCACUCACUGUCUGUAGGCGCAAACCAUUUUCGUGAACAGGGUGGUGUACCUAAUAAACUGGCCACUGAGUGUACACUACACUAUUACAUGGAUACCUAUGCAAAGGUAAUGGUGUUCCCCAGACUAUUACAGUAGAACCUCAGAGAUACGAACUGACCAGUCAACCAAACUAGCAAUUUAAGGCUACAGACAAACGUACAGUGCCUUCAGAAAGUAUUCAUACCCCCUUGACUUUUUCCACAUUUUGUUGUUACAGCCUGAAUUCAACAUUGAUUUUUAUCACCCAUCUACAUACAAUAAUCCAUAAUGACAAUGUUUUUAUAAAUUUUAGCAAAUUUUAUUGAAAAUGAAAUACAGAAAUAACUCAUUUACAAAAUUAUUCACAUCCCUGAGUACUUUGUAGAAGCACCUUUGGCGGCGAUUAUAGCUUUGAGUCAUCUGAAUCAGUUUUGCAAAUCUGGAUUUGGGGAUUUUCUCCUAUUGUUCCUGGUAGAUUUUCUCAAGCUCUGUUAAGUUAAUGAUGAGUGGCGCUGAACAGCAAUCUUCAAGUGUUUCCACAGAUUUUCAGUGGGAUUCAAGUCUGGGCUUUGGCUGGGCCACUGACUUUCACAUUCUUGUUCUGAAGCCAUUCCAGCAUUGCUUUGGCUGUAUGCUUUGGGUCAUUGUCCUGUUGGAACGUAAAUCUUUGCCCCAGUCUAAGGUUGUUUGCAUCUGAGGUAGGUUCUCAUCAAGGAUUUGCCUGUGUUUGGCUUUGUACAUUGUUCCCUUACCAGUCUCCCAGUCCCUGCCGCUGAAAAGCUUCCCCAUAGCAUGAUGCUGCCACCACCACGCUUCACAGUAGUGAUGGUGUUAGACUGGUGAUGAGCACCGCCUGGUUUUCUCCAGACAUAGCGCUUUGCAUUCAGGCCAAAGAGUUUUUGUCUCAUCAGACCACAGAAUAUUUUGCCUUUGCUCUGUCUCUCACGUGUGCCUUUGUGCGAACUCCAACCGUGCAGUCAUGUGCAUUUUUCACAGGAGUGUCUUCCGUUUGGCCACUCUCCCAUAAAGCCCAGAUUGAAGUGCUGUAGAGACUGUUGUCCUUCUGGCAGGUUCUCCCAUCACAGCGAUGGAACUCUGUAGUUCUGUCAGAAUGCUCAUUGGGUUCUUGGUCACCUCCCUGACCAAGGUCCUUCUUGCCCAGUUGCUCAGUUUGGUCGGACGGCCAGCUCUAGGCAGUCUGGGUAGUUCCGUUUUCCCCCCAUUUUUUCCAUUUCCCAAUGAUUGAGCCACUGUGCUCUUAGAACCUUUCAACACUCUAUAAAUAGUUUUAUACCCUUCCCCAGAUAUAUGCCUCAUCACAAUUCUAUCUCGAAGAUCUACGGACAGUUCCCUGGACUUCAUGGUAUAGUUUCUGCUCUGACAUGCACUGUCAACUGUGGGACCAGGUGUGUUUUCUUUCCAAAUCAUGUCCAAACAAUUGAAUUGGCCACAGGUGGACUCCAAUCAAAUUGUAGUGACAUCUCAAGGAUGAUCAAAGGAAAUUGGAUGCACCUGAGCUCAAUUUGGAGUGUCAUAGCAAAGGGGUGUGAAUACUUAUGUAAAUGAGAUUUCUGUAUUUAAUUUUCAAUACAUUUGCAAACGUUUCAAAAAAAAAUGUUUUCACUUUCUCAUUAUGGGGUAUUGUGUGUAGAUGGGUGGGGUGGGGUGGGGGGGGGGGGGGGGAUAUUUAAUCCAUUUACAAUUCAGGCUUUAACACAACAAAAUGUAGAAAAAACAAAGGGGUGUGAAUACUUUCUGAAGACACUGUAUCAAGUUAUGGAAAAUGUUUAUCACUGAGAUCCUUUUGUAUUACAUUAAAUAUGAAAUGCCAUGAAGAAAUGUAUGGACUGUUCUGUCCCAUGUUGUCUCCAGGACUUGGGUCACGUGGGUUCUGGAGAGGCGGUAGACGAGGACGUCCCUCCCCCCACGGUGUCUCUGCCCAAACUGGCCGCCUUGCUGAGGGUGUUCAGCACCGUGGUGCGCUGCAUCGGACAGCGCUUCAACCCCAUCAGGGGACCGCCCAUCACACAGGCAUACGUCUCUGAUGUAAGGAAACACACACACACUGAAACACACACACACACACACUGAAACACACACACACACACACUGAAACACACACACACACACUGAAACACACUGAAACACACACACACACACACACACACACACACUGAAACACACACACACACACACACACACUGAAACACACACACUGAAACACACAACACUGAAACACACACACACACUGAAACACCACACACCACUGAACACACUGACACACCAAAAAAACACACAACACACCUGAAACACACACACACACUGAAAACACAACACACCACUGAAACACACACACACACACUGAAAACCACACACGAACACCCACACACUGAAACACACACCACACACUGAAAACACACACACACACACACUGAAACACACACAACACACAUGAAAACACACACACACACACUGAAACACACACACACACACACUGAAACACACACACACACACACACACAACUGAAACAACACACACUGAAAAACAACAACAAUGAACAACACACAACACACACACUGAAACAACACACACACACACACUGAAACACACACACACACACACACUGAAACACACACCACACUGAAAACACACACACACACACACACUGAAAACACACACACACACACACACUGAAACACACACACACUGAAAAACACACACACAACACUGAAACACACACACACACCACACUGAAAACACACCACACAAACACACACACACUGAAACACACACACACCACGACACACACACAACGAAAAACACACAAACACACACACACACAAUGAAACACACACUGAAACACACACACACUGAAACACACACUGAAACACACACACACAAACACACACUGAAACCAAACACACACACUGAAACACACACACACUGAAACAACACACACACACACACACACACACACAAGAAACACACACUGAAACACACACUGAAACACACACACACUGAAACACACACUGAAACACACACACACACACUGAAACACACACACACACACUGAAACACACACACACACACACAUGAAACACACACACACACACACACACUGAAAACACACACACACACACACACACACUGAAACACAACACACACUGAAACAACACACACACACUGAAAACACACACCACACACACACAACUGAAACACACACACACACACACACCACUGAAACACACACACACACACACACACACUGAAACACACACACACACACACACUGAAACACACACACACACACACACACUGAAACACUCUGUAAGGAGAGACACACACACCCAUCCGAGGCAUUUUACUGAUGUAAGGAGAGUGGGUGGGAGAGACCCAGACUCUGGUAAUUAACAAGGCAUAUGUCACAGAUAUCAUUUGUUCCCAACACAACCUUACCUCAUCCCCCUCCUUCCUCCCUUACCCCAGGUUCUGAACCGGGUGCUGGCGUGUGUGUCGACGGCCAAGCAGGUGUUGUUCUCUGAGCCGGUUUUGACGGCGGGGAACGAGUGUGUGUGUGUCCUGCUGGUGAGCUUGGAGCCGUCCGCACGGCUGACCGACGCUGUCAUCACCUACGGCCUGGACCAGCUGGACGCCUGCCGGGCCUGUGGCCCAGAGUACAGCCUGGCUGUCCUCAGCCUCAUCACAUUGGUAAGAACCGGUUCUAAAACUGGUUUACAUACAGGUUAGAACUAGUUUAUGCUGGUUAGAACUGGUUUAAACCAGUUUGGAAGAAUGUUCCCUCAAACUGAGCAAAUUUCAUGUUUUGUGAGCGGAAACUUGAAUGUUGCGUCAAUGUAGGCCAACAUUUUGAGACUUUUUAAAAACAUUAUGCAUUGCAUUAUAAAUGGCUGCCCGAAUGCAGAGAACUGGUUGGUCAUUCAACGUUUGCCUCUCUGCUUCUAAUGGUCUCUUCUCUCUGUGUGGUAGAUCGUGGACCAGAUCAACACUAAGCUUCCAGCCUGGUUUGUGGAGAAGCUGCUGGCACCGACGUCACAGCUCCUGGAGCUACGCUUCAACAGGGACAGAGAGGUGUGUGUGUUAGGGAUGUGACAAAUGGAAACAUUUUCUUAACGUUUAAAUUGCUGUUUAAAAAAAAAAGUCAUUUUUCUGUUAAAACGAUUUUUAAAAAAUGCUUAAAAUGUCAUGUGUAUUCACAAUGCAGAAUAUGGUAAUAUUGGGUACGACAGUCCUAUUGGGUGGGUGCUAGGGGGCAAUGAAGUUCCAUCUACCACAGUCAUAGGCUGAAUCUCAAACCCCAACACUUGGCCCCUAAGCCCUUUAUCGAGUGGCCACUUGCUGUUGCGUUAGAUAGUGAUCACUUGAGUCCGCAAGUGUUUUGCCAAAUGGAGCGUUGAGACGAUGCACACUCAAUAUUCCAACUCCCACUUAUCAAUAUUCUAAAUCCAGUCUUGCACAUGACUCAUUGCUAUGAAACACAGGCACUGGGACAGACUCUGAUAGACAGGGAAGAAGUUGUAAAAACUGCCUGCUGCUAGCUAGCUUCACUGACAAACACAGGGAUGGAAUGUUCGCUAGCUAGCUAAGGAUGUUGGGCACUGCACUGAUAAACAGCAUGUAGCUAGCUAGCUAAGGAUGUUGGGCACUGCACUGAUAAACAGCAUGUAGCUAGCUAGCUAAGGAUGUUGGGCACUGCACUGAUAAACAGCAUGUAGCUAGCUAGCUAAGGAUGUUGGGCACUGCACUGAUAAACAGCAUGUAGCUAGCUAGCUAAGGAUGUUGGGCACUGCACUGAUAAACAGCAUGUAGCUAGCUAGCUAAGGAUGUUGGGCACUGCACUGAUAAACAGCAUGUAGCUAGCUAGCUGAGGAUGUUGGGCACUGCACUGAUAAACAGCCAUGUAGCUAGCUAGCUAAGGAUGUUGGGCACUGCACUGAUAAACAGCAUGUAGCUAGCUAGCUAAGGAUGUUGGGCACUGCACUGAUAAACAGCAUGUAGCUAGCUAGCUGAGGAUGUUGGGCACUGCACUGAUAAACAGCAUGUAGCUAGCUAGCUGAGGAUGUUGGGCACUGCACUGAUAAACAAGCAUGUAGCUAGCUCGCUAAGGAUGUUGGGGCACUGCACUGAUAAACAGCAUGUAGCUAGCUAGCUAAGGAUGUUGGGCACUGCACUGAUAAACAGCAUGUAGCUAGCUAGCUGAGGAUGUUGGGCACUGCACCUGAUAAACAGCAUUAGCUAGCUAGUAAGGAUGUUGGGCACUGCACUGAUAAACAGCAUGUAGCUCGUCACUUAUUUAGGAUAGUUUGACAGCUUGCUGAUGAAGUUGUAGACAUGUUUCCAGCAGGCGGUCCAUACUAGACAUGUUCCCAGCAGGCGGUCCAUACUAGACAUGUUUCCAGCAGGCGGUCCAUACUAGACAUGUUUCCAGCAGGCGGUCCAUACUAGACAUGUUUCCAGCAGGCGGUCCAUACUAGACAUGGUUUCCAGCAGGCGGUCCAACUGACAUGUUUCCAGCAGGCGGUCCAUACUAGACAUGUUUCCACAGGCGGUCCAUACUAGACAUGUUUCCAGCAGGCGGUCCAUACUAGAAUGUUUCCAAGCAGGCGGUCCAUACUAGACAUGUUCCACAGGCGGGUUUCCCUACUAGACAUGUUCCCAGCAGGCGGUCCAUAACUAGACAUGUUCCAGCAGGCGGUCCAUACUAGAAAUGUUCCAGCAGGCGGUCCAUACUAGACAUGUUUCCAGCAGGCGGUCCAUACUAGACAUGUUUCCAGCAGGCGGUCCAUACUAGACAUGUUUCCAGCAGGCGGUCCAUACUAGACAUGUUUCCAGCAGGCGGUCCAUACUAGACAUGUUUCCAGCAGGCUGAGUCCAUUACUAGACAUGUUCCCCAGCAGGCGGUCCCAUACUAGACAUGUUCCCAGCAGGCGGUCAGUACUAGACAUUGUUCCCAGCAGGCGGUCCGUACUUAGACAUGUUCCCAGCAGGCGGUCCAGUACUAGACAUGUUCCCAGCAGGCGGUCCGUACUAGACAUGUUCCCCAGCAGGCGGUCCAUAUAGACAUGUUUCCAGCAGGCGGUCCGUAUCCUAGACAUGUUUCCCAGCAGGCGGGUCGUACUAGACAUGUUCCCAGCAGGCGGUUCCGUACUAGGACAUGUUUCCAGCAGGCGGUUCCGUACUAGACAUGUUUCCCAGCAGGCGGUCCCGUACUAGACAUGUUUCCCGCAGGCGGUCCGUUACUAGAAAUGUUCCCAGCAGGCGGUCCGUACUAGACAUGUUCCCAAACAGGCGGUCCGUACUAGACAGUUCCCAGCAGGGGGUCCGUAUAGAAUGUUCCCAGCAGGCGGUCCGUACUAGACAUGUUCCCAGCAGGCGGUCCGUACUAGACAUGUUCCCAGCAGGCGGUCCGUACUAGACAUGUUCCCAGCAGGCGGUCCGUACUAGACAUGUUCCCAGCAGGCGGUCCGUACUAGACAUGUUUCCAGCAGGCGGUCCGUACUAGACAUGUUUCCAGCAGGCGGUCCGUACUAGACAUGUUUCCAGCAGGCGGUCCAUACUAGACAUGUUUCCAGCAGGCGGUCCGUACUAGACAUGUUUCCAGCAGGCGGUCCAUACUUAAGUACGUUACUAAAGCACCAAUCACUACAUUGUAACGUUGGGUCAGGUAAAAGCGCAGCAGCAGACUCCAUUUGUAUAAAAAAAAUUACAAUAUUUUAGGGAUUUUUUUUCUUAACUUGCCAGUUUCUUUUUAACGUUUUAAAUGUUCGCACCCCUAGUGUGUGUGUGUGUGUGACCAGGUUUAUAGAGGUGUAAAUUUGUGGGUGCUUGAAACCACCUAAUUGAAAUGGGAAGAGCGGUGUGUAUGCCUCCGAUUCAGAUUGGGAGAACGUAAUGUCAGGUGUGUUUCUGUUAGGGUUAUGGGGAAGUUGUGUUUCUGUUAGGGGGAAGUUGUGUUUCUGUUAGGGUUAGGGGGAAGUUGUGUUUCUGUUAGGGGGAAGUUGUGUUUCUGUUAGGGUUAGGGGGAAGUUGUGUUUCUGUUAGGGGGAAGUUGUGUUUCUGUUAGGGUUAGGGGGAAGUUGUGUUUCUGUUAGGGUUAGGGGGAAGUUGUGUUUCUGUUAGGGGGAAGUUGUGUUUCUGUUAGGGUUAGGGAGAAGGUGUGUUUCUGUUAGGGUUAGGGGGAAGUUGUGUUUCUGUUAGGGUUAGGGGGAAGUUGUGUUUCUGUUAGGGUUAUGGGGAAGUUGUGUUUCUGUUAGGGUUAUGGGGAAGUUGUUUCUGUUAGGGUUAGGGGGGAAGUUGUGUUUCUGUUAGGGGGAAGUUGUGUUUCUGUUAGGGGGAAGUUGUGUUUCUGUUAGGGUUAUGGGGAAGUUGUGUUUCUGUUAGGGUUAUGGGGAAGUUGUGUUUCUGUUAGGGUUAUGGGGAAGUUGUGUUUCUGUUAGGGUUAUGGGGAAGUUGUGUUUCUGUUAGGGUUAGGGGGAAGUUGUGUUUCUGUUAGGGUUAUGGGGAAGUUGUGUUUCUGUUAGGGUUAGGGGGAAGUUGUGUUUCUGUUAGGGGGAAGUUGUGUUUCUGUUAGGGGGAAGUUGUGUUUCUGUUAGGGUUAGGUGGAAGUUGUGUUUCUGUUAGGGUUAGGGGGAAGUUGUGUUUCUGUUAGGGUUAGGGGGAAGUUGUGUUUCUGUUAGGGGGAAGUUGUGUUUCUGUUAGGGUUAGGGGGAAGUUGUGUUUCUGUUAGGUGGAGGUAGGGCUGUUGCGGUGACCGUAUUAACGCCACACCGACAGUCAUGACCGCAGUAAGAUACCACGUGACUGAGUCACGGUUAUCUCCUCUUAUGUGCUCUGGACAUGCUUUGGUAGUGCCCAACUUCCUAACUGCCAUCGGGUCCUAAUGGCCUCGUCCUCAGGGCUCUAUUGUCCCUCUAACCACUCUGACGUCAAGGCAAACGCAAUGGAAAUCACAUCAAACGCUCAUCAAAACAGUAUCGUGCUUUUUUAAAAACUCAGCUCACUGUGAUUGAUCCAUUUGAAGAAAGAAGUUCAACAGCAGGUUGAAACUGAGUGGGAAAACAUGGUCGUUGUGGAUGUUGCUUCAAAGCCUAACACAAUGAAAUGGACAGCGCUUUCUAAGGUGAUGAUUAAUUCAAAACGCAUAUGCAUAUUAGAGCUUAUGUAUGUGUUUCAAUAGUCUGUAGUCGCAUCGUGCAGCCCGAAUGUGUUUUGAAAACAUUCUAAUGUUUGUAUCAUUCACUACUAAAGUUGCCAAAUAACUCUAAAUGUAGGAUAUUAUAGGACCUGUUUCAAAUGAUCACUUUUACGUUCAACAUGGCCACUUCAUAUGAGCACUCGCUCUGGAAUGUGAAAAAUAUCCUUUCUAUUUUAUUCAACAAGUAAAGUUAUAUUCUUCUAACUAUGAAAUAAUAUAAAUAAUGGCAUGAGAUUUAUAGGCCUAUCUUGUCUGCUUAAUGAACAAGCCUACAGCCUAUGGCACGGAGCAUAGAGAGAUAACAUACAGUAUUCCACUCAUAUUCUGUUCUUCAGAAAUACAUUUUCUUUAGACCCGCCUAAAAUAAAUAAUGGAUUUAUUGUGAUGGUUAUUAUUAAAUUGAUUUUAUUAAACUUUUUAAAAUAUAGAUGUUCCAAAGGUGCGCAUCAGCGGCUUGUAUGCAGCUGACAUUUCAUGACCGCCACAGCCUGAGGUGGAAGGUGUGUCUCUGUCUGUUAAGGUUAGGUGGAAGAUGUUUCUGUCUGUUAGGGUUAGGUGGAAGAUGUGUUUCUGUCUGUUAGGGUUAGGUGGAAGGUGUCUCUGUCUGUUAGGGUUAGGUGGAAGGUGUCUCUGUCUGUUAGGGUUAGGUGGAAGGUGUGUCUCUGUCUGUUAGGGUUAGGUGGAAGGUGUUUCUGUCUGUUAGGGUUAGGUGGAAGGUGUCUCUGUCUGUUAGGGUUAGGUGGAAGGUGUCUCUGUCUGUUAGGGUUAGGUGGAAGGUGUCUCUGUCUGUUAGGGUUAGGUGGAAGGUGUCUCUGUCUGUUAGGGUUAGGUGGAAGGUGUUUCUGUCUGUUAGGGUUAGGUGGAAGGUGUCUGUCUGUUAGGGUUAGGUGGAAGGUGUGUCUCUGUCUGUUAGGGUUAGGUGGAAGGUGUGUCUCUGUCUGUUAGGGUUAGGUGGAAGGUGUCUCUGUCUGUUAGGGUUAGGUGGAAGGUGUCUCUGUCUGUUAGGGUUAGGUGGAAGGUGUUUCUGUCUGUUAGGGUUAGGUGGAAGGUGUUUCUGUCUGUUAGGGUUAGGUGGAAGGUGUUUCUGUCUGUUAGGGUUAGGUGGAAGGUGUUUCUGUCUGUUAGGGUUAGGUGGAAGGUGUCUCUGUCUGUUAGGGUUAGGUGGAAGGUUGUUUCUGUCUGUUAGGGUUAGGUGGAAGGUGUUUCUGUCUGUUAGGGUUAGGUGGAAGAUGUGUUUCUGUCUGUUAGGGUUAGGUGGAAGAUGUUUCUGUCUGUUAGGGUUAGGUGGAAGAUGUGUUUCUGUCUGUUAGGGUUAGGUGGAAGGUGUCUCUGUCUGUUAGGGUUAGGUGGAAGGUGUCUCUGUCUGUUAGGGUUAGGUGGAAGGUGUUUCUGUCUGUUAGGGUUAGGUGGAAGGUGUUUCUGUCUGUUAGGGUUAGGUGGAAGGUGUUUCUGUCUGUUAGGGUUAGGUGGAAGGUGUUUCUGUCUGUUAGGGUUAGGUGGAAGGUGUCUCUGUCUGUUAGGGUUAGGUGGAAGGUGUUUCUGUCUGUUAGGGUUAGGUGGAAGAUGUGUUUCUGUCUGUUAGGGUUAGGUGGAAGAUGUUUCUGUCUGUUAGGGUUAGGUGGAAGAUGUGUUUCUGUCUGUUAGGGUUAGGUGGAAGGUGUCUCUGUCUGUUAGGGUUAGGUGGAAGGUGUCUCUGUCUGUUAGGGUUAGGUGGAAGGUGUUUCUGUCUGUUAGGGUUAGGUGGAAGGUGUUUCUGUCUGUUAGGGUUAGGUGGAAGGUGUUUCUGUCUGUUAGGGUUAGGUGGAAGGUGUCUCUGUCUGUUAGGGUUAGGUGGAAGGUGUUUCUGUCUGUUAGGGUUAGGUGGAAGGUGUUUCUGUCUGUUAGGGUUAGGUGGAAGGUGUGUCUGAGGGUUAGGUGGAAGGUGUGUUUCUGUGUGUUUGCGGCUUUCUAUAACCAUGUUAGUAUGACAAUUCUAUUGAAAACAAAACCGAUCAGAAAGGUUGAAUGGAAACUGUUAAGACAUGUUUUUACUGGGUGUGUCCGGCCGUCUCUGUGUGUGUCUGUCUUUCUCUGUGGUCUGUAUCCAUGUGUCUUCACUGAUCCCCUCUGCUCUCUGUCUCUCUCUUUCUCGCCAGGUGAUGUCAGCAGCCCUGGGUGUGUACCAGUCCGUUUUGAGCCUAAAGAACAUUCCCAUUCUGGAAGCAGCUUAUAAACUGGUUCUGGGAGAGAUGGCCUGUGCCCUGUCCAGUCUGCUGGCCCCCCUGGACCUCCCCCCAACCCCCUUCCCCGGCAUCCAGCACCCUGUCUUCGCCCCCCUCACCCUCACCCCUGAGAGGGCAGAGUUCACCCUCAUCUUCAACCUGUCAGCCCUCACCACCAUCGGCAACACCAAGAACUCACUCAUA